UUGGGGUUCGAGGUCGUGUGUGUGUGUGUGUGUGUAUGUGUGUGUGUGUGUGUGUGUGUGUGUGUGUGUGUGUGUGUGUGUGCAGAAAACACGUGAGAUCACAUGUAGCAGGAACACAUGUGUGGACAGAGUGGGGCGAGCUGCAGGGUGUCAGGAGAGACAGAGGAGUGCAGACGUCCCAGUAGAGUGAUGCAACAUCUGCCAGAGUUUACCAAUGGUCCCAUGGAGGAGCAGGAGAGAAGAGGAAGAUGACGAAGAAGAGACAGACACACGGAGGCUGCAGCUCUGAUCACAGCUGGAUCUUACCUGAGAGACGCCUCCGCAGAGCAGGAGCUGUCACAGUCACAGCGAAUGUGAUCAUGGAGGCUCAGGGCACAGUGGAGAAAUGUGCACGUGGCAGGUCCUCGUCCAAUCACAGGCCGGGGCUGCCACCACCCCCCUACUGCCGGGAUUGCUGUCCAUCCUGCGUAAGCUAAAGAGCACACCGGACCAGGAGGUGAGGAUACUGCUGCUGGGGCUGGACAACGGAGGGAAGACCACCCUGCUCAAACAGCUGGCGUCCGAGGACAUCAGCCACAUCACCCCCACACAGGGAUUCAACAUCAAGAGCGUCCAGUCUCAGGGUUUCAAACUGAAUGUCUGGGACAUUGGAGGCCAGAGGAAGAUCCGGCCGUACUGGAGAAACUACUUUGAAAACACUGAUGUGUUGAUCUAUGUCAUCGACAGCGCAGACAGGAAGAGGUUCGAGGAAACCGGUCAGGAGCUGGCUGAGUUGCUGGAUGAAGAGAAGUUGAGCGGAGUUCCUGUUCUCAUCUUUGCAAACAAACAGGAUCUGCUGACCGCCGCCCCGGCCUCUGAGAUCGCAGAGGGUCUCAACCUGCACACCAUCCGCGACCGCAUGUGGCAGAUCCAGUCCUGCUCCGCCCUCACCGGGGAGGGGGUUCAGGAGGGGAUGAACUGGGUCUGCAAGAGCGUCAACUCCAAGAAAAAGUAGCUUCUAGUCUUCUGCUCCUCAGGAGGAAACGACAGCAGCAGCACACACAGACACACACAGACACACACACACACCCUCCUGAGCCUUAGUACGAUGGGAUAUACCUGUGAAUGUAAACACACUACUAAUCCAACAUGGACUUGGAGUUUUACCCCCUGGAUUCCUCUACCACUGUUUUGACCCAUCCCAGCACAUCAUGCUAUAUUGGUCUCUAGAAAGAGGAGAGGUGGUGGUGGUGGUGGUGGUGGGGCUGCCGGAGCGGCCCAUGUCAGGAAAUCCACCCCCUCGGCUCCUCCGCCCGCAGUCCACCUACGUCACCACCAGUGUCCCAGCCAAUCCCAGGCACCGUCCGCAGCCCGUCACAACCUCAAACAUUCCCGUUAAACCGCUCUUUCAUUGGAAUUCCAGCUUCUUCUCUUAACUGUUUCGCCCGCUGUCCUGGAAACCAGCUCAACCCCCCCACACACCUCCACCCUCCAAUCCCCAUCUCUUUUUCUGUCUCAUUCCGUCAGUUUUCUUUUCUUUUUAUCAUUCCACAUCGGCUGUAAGCGCGUUUCCUGCUCUGUUUGAAGUGAGGUAUAUUUUUGUAACUGUUUUAUUUAUGGUGAAGUAGCCGUAGAGUGCUUUGAAAACAACAACCAGUUUGUGUGCGUGUGAUUUUAAGGAAGUUUGAGAAAACAGUUUCAACUCUCCCCGAUAAAGAAUAUUACUGUACAUGUUAAUAUGUAUAAAAAAAAAAGAUUAUGAGGAACUACAUUUUUUUGGGGAUCAAAUGUAAAUAGCUCAGCCCUGUGUUCAUGUGUUAGGUUAUGCACAUGUUAUAGAGGAUUCGUUACCCUGCUGUACUUGGUAAUCUAUAAUGUUUGCAUAUCUAAUAUGUGCUAGUAGAUUUUUAACAGAGGUAUGUACUGUAUGUCCCGAUGCAUUUCCACGUGCGCUCCGGGCUCGUGAGGGAAUUCACUCGUUGUACGUCUCCUUUUGAUAUUCUUGAAUGUAAUCUGUCCAGAAUUGAAGGUACUGUAGGUGAAUUAAAACGUGUCUCAGAAA